AUCUGUCUCCGUCUAUUUUUAAUUUAUAUCUUUGCCGCAGUGCUGUCAUGCUAAUUAAAGAAACAAGUAUACUGUAAAUACCUUUAGUUUUCUCCCAUGAACACAGACAAGCUCUCGAUAAAUGUGCUUGAGACAUCAGUAAAAAUGUAUUUCCUUUGAUGCAACACUUUGUUGCAUAUUUAGCGUGCAUUACAACUCUGGUUGGCUUCUUUCCGCAAAAGCAGUUCAUGGUGGUGUUGAUUGACACAUACAGGCUGGUAUGGGAAGAGCAAAGAUGUGACCUACGGCAUAGUCUCGAAUCGAAUUCUGGAUAUUAUAUUGAGCUACUGUUACCUCAAAUGUCAAGCCUCUACAUUCUGUCACUGUUUCUUUCACUUUUUACUGCGUAUUAUCUUGCAAGUACCCAUCUUUAAAGUGUUUACAGUGUAGGUGUCACACUGUAGUGGCCUUCAGUCUCAAAGGGAUGGCCAUAAAAAUAACGUGGCGGGCGAUCGACGAUAUCUGCGUCUGACUGAUGGUCUUCUGCAGUCUUCAGGUAGUUUCCACCCUCUGGCCCUUGGCAGCAGAGGCGGUGGAUGUUUUAUGUAUUAUGAGCAGAACCAGCUCCUUUACUGAAUGCCUGCCUCCGCUCUAGCAGCCAAACAUCUGCUCCUGAUUCCAGGUCGGGCUGAAAGUUCCCCCUCCAUUAACAUCCAUGUCAUAAUCUUCCAAACUACAUCCUGGACUGAGGCUUGUGAACUGCUUUGCCCAGGCCCAUAAAAAGAAUUCCCGUGGAAGACAGAGUGAACAUUUUCAUCAACAGUUUUGGCUCCAUUCAAGAAACAACUAUGGAUUACAGGGUCAACAUCUUCCUGCGGCAGCGAUGGAACGACCCCAGGCUGAAGCUGCCGACGGACUUCAAGUCCGAUUCUCUCACCGUCGAUCCGAAGAUGUUCAAGUGUCUGUGGAAACCCGACCUGUUCUUCGCCAACGAGAAGAGCGCCAACUUUCACGACGUCACGCAGGAGAACAUUCUCCUCUUCAUUUUCCGCAAUGGAGACGUCCUCAUCAGCAUGAGGUUGUCGGUCACCCUUUCCUGCCCUCUGGAUCUCACGUUGUUCCCCAUGGACACACAGAGGUGUAAGAUGCAACUUGAAAGCUUUGGCUACACGACAGACGACCUGCAGUUUAUGUGGCAAACAGGCGACCCGGUGCAGAUGGACGCCAUCGCUCUGCCACAGUUUGACAUCAGACAAGAGGACAUUGAUUAUGGAAACUGCACAAAGUUCUAUUCAGGAACAGGCUACUACACUUGUGUAGAGGUUAUCUUCACUCUGAGGCGGCAGGUUGGAUUCUACAUGAUGGGCGUCUACGCCCCCACGCUGCUCAUCGUGGUCCUCUCCUGGCUCUCCUUCUGGAUCAACCCGGACGCCAGUGCCGCCAGGGUGCCUUUGGGCAUCCUCUCGGUGCUCUCGCUGUCCUCCGAGUGCACCUCGCUGGCUUCGGAGCUGCCCAAAGUGUCCUACGUCAAGGCCAUCGACGUCUGGCUCAUCGCUUGCCUCCUGUUCGGUUUCGCCUCGCUGGUGGAGUACGCCGUGGUCCAAGUGAUGCUCAACAGCCCCAAGCGCAUCGAGGCGGAGAAGGCCAAGAUAGCGGCCAAGGAGAAGGCUCUGGGAAAGAUCCCCGCUGCCAAGAACAACGCGCUCAACGGCACGGGGGGGACGCCGCUUCAUGUCAGCACCCUGCAGGUGGCGGAGACGCGCUGCAAGAAGGUGUGCACCUCUAAAUCGGACCUGCGGACCAACGACUUCAGCAUCGUGGGGUCGCUGCCGCGCGACUUUGAGCUGUCAAACUUUGACUGCUACGGGAAGCCCAUCAAUGACGCCAUUGCCCACGGCAAGUCCAAGGCCAAGCACCAAAAGAGACCCCCUCCCCCGAAGCCGGUCAUCCCCUCAGCGGCCAAGAGAGUCGACCUGUACGCCCGGGCCCUCUUCCCGUUCUCCUUCCUCUUCUUCAAUGUGGUUUAUUGGUCCGUGUACUUGUGAUUAUUUAGUAGUAAAACCGACCCCACUUCACUGCCACCAGUUCGUUGUUGAUCUGACUACCUUCGAGAAUUCCAAAGUGAAUGUGUUUACAUGUUAGUCUGCUGGUUUUAGUCUCGUUAUUGAUCGUAUUCAGGAUAUGGCGUUUACGUGGGAUGUGAACAACCUGGCUGUUCAUAUCCCUGCGCACGUGAUCUUUACACUGUCCAGGUUUCCGAUCGUCUGCCUGCAGGUAUUCUCACCAUCACAGCCUCGGUGUUCUGUACCUAACACUCCCAAACUCGGAGACGGCCCGAGGGAUCCCGCUUUCUAUCGGAGCACUGCGGCCGUUGUGUGCAGGCUUCUGAAACACGGAGAUGAUGUUUACAUGACAAACGGAUAACAGGGAUAGUCCUAAAGCCACAUCCGGCCCAGGAGUGUGAAAAUACAUUUUAAUAUACCUUAACGACACAACGUAUUUGCUUAGAAGAAGAUAAAACAAUGUAUUGUUACAUUUAUAUUUACAUGAAAAAAGAAAACUUUCACAAUUUGUGUAUCAAAUAAUACUAAUACUUGAUAUUUGUAAAACAAAAAUGUAAAUACAACAUCUUGAAAUCUAUCAUUUAUUGAUAAUGGUACUUGAAAGGUUAAUACAGGAUUGCAACACUUUGGGGUAAGAGCUGAUCAGAGGAAGCACAGAUCUAUAAAAGAGCAUUUGUAAAUAUUAAAUUAAUUUUAACUUUGCGAAAUGGGAUUCUGCCCCAGAAGUUUAAUCUGUUUCCAUAUUUAUUCAUGCUCCAGUGCAAUUAAAGUGCAUGUUAAAAAAAAAGUUAAAUUGCAUGUAUACGAAGAUAAAUUCUAAAUAUCUAUAUAUAAAGUAUUUAUUUCCUUUUUAUCCUUUUUCUGAUUUGCUCUUGAGAAGAUAAUGGGAUAUGUGAAAACACUGCGUUCUUGUUCAGAUGGUUAUGUUACACUGCCACCAUUCCAACAGAUUCAAUGUUUGAAUGUUCACCCACUCGUAGCGUGUGUAAAUGGGUCACUACCGAGCUGUGACCAUGUGUUUGUGAUGUUUACAAAUAAAUGACCAAAACACUUUUCACCAUUUGAUGUGAUUAAAAUGAAUUAUUGAACACUG